CUAGGAUGCAGUUCUGCAUUCUCAGGAUCCCACUCUUUCCAAGAGGAAGACAGUCCGGUUAAGUUCCGGGAAACUGAGACCUUCAAGGAUGUGGCUGUGGUCUUCACUGAGGAAGAGUUGGUGCUAUUGGACAAGGCCCAGAUACACCUGUACCAGGACGUGAUGCUGGAGAACUUUAGGAACAUUGUCUCAGUGGGAGACAGGAUUAAAGACAACAUUUCACAUCUUCAGGGAAAAGGGUUAAGUUAUCUCUCGCCAGAAGGGCUCUACUGCUGGCCGAUUUGGAAACAAAGGAUCAGUGAAUUAACUGGGGGUCAGGAGUGUAUCAUGACUGUUCAAGGAAAUUGUCCCCAGUAUUUAGAAGGAGAUGUUUUCCUCUCUGAAGAAUGGGCGGGAGUGUCUCUUCAGAUUUCUGGAAGUGAGAACUAUGUAAUAAAGGCCAUUAAUUUAGAAAAUCAAGAUGGCACAGCGUGGAAAGGCCCGACACAAGUCCUUACACCCGAGUCUUGGAAGGAAGCCCGCAUGACUGAGCGCCAGAAUUCUCAAGGACAAUAUGAGAAAAUUCACGUGGAACAGACACUGUAUGGAUGCGCUCAGGGUGAUGACCACAUCAGUCAGACAUCACGGGAUCAUGAUGAUUCCCAGGAAUGUAAAGAAGAAGAUCCCUGUAGAUACACUGACUGUGGGAAGCACUUGGCAGUGAAGUAAACAGUCCAUAACGUAGUCCCUGUGGUACCACAACCUGUCGAAUGUAAUCACUAUGAGGUGGGACACAUAGAUGUUGCAGACCCUCUUGUCCAUCCCAGCACUCAUGUAGGAGAACAGUCUUGUAGAUGGGACCAGUGUGGAAAGGACUUCAGUCAGAGCUCAGAUCUUACUGUUCAUUAUAAAACUCAUUCAGAGGACAAAGCUUAUGAAUAUCAAAAGUGGGCUGAGGGCUGCAAGCAGAGCGCAGACCCUCCCAGAUACCAGAAGGGCCCCUCGGGAGACAAACCCUAUAAAUGUCCCGAAUGUGGCAAGGUCUUUGGGCGCAACUCCUCUUUUCACAACCAUCACCGAGUCCACACGGGGGAGAUGCCCUACAGAUGUGAUGCGUGUGGGAAGGGGUUCGGAUUUAGGUCCCUUCUUUGUAUUCAUCAGGGAGUGCACACAGGGGAAAAGCCCUACAAAUGUGAGGCGUGUGGGAAGGGCUUUGAUCAGAGCUCCAAUCUUCUUGUCCACCAGAGGGUCCACACUGGCGAGAAGCCCUACAAAUGCAGUGAGUGUGGCAAAUGCUUCAGUUCAAGCUCUGUUCUUCAAGUCCACCGGAGGCUGCACACAGGGGAGAAGCCUUACCGGCGUGGCGAGUGUGGAAAGGGCUUCAGCCAAAGCACACACCUUCACAUUCACCAGAGAGUCCACACAGGGGAGAAGCCCUACACAUGCAUCGUGUGCAGAAAGGCUUUUGCCUACCGUUCAGUUCUUCACACUCAUCAGAGAGUUCACACAGGAGAAAAGCCUUAUACAUGUGACGUGUGCGGUAAGGGCUUCAGUUACAGCUCAUAUUUUCACUUACAUCAAAGAGAUCAUACCAGAGAGAAACCGUAUAGAUGUGAUGAGUGUGGUAAAGGCUUCAGUCGGAAUUCAGAUCUUCAAGUGCAUCUCAGAGUCCACACAGGAGAGAGGCCCUAUAAGUGUAAGGAAUGUGGUAAGGGCUUCAGUCGUAACUCAUACCUUCUUGCUCACCAGAGAGUGCAUACGGAUGAGAUACACUAUGUGUAUCGUGAGGAUGGCCAGGGCUUUCGUUACAGCUCGGACCAUCUUACUCAUCAAAGACUGCACAAGAGGACGGAAACAUUCCCAAUGUAGUUAGUCAGGGUUCAAUCAGGAAACCAAGAAAGUCCAUGCACUGAAGGUGAUAGAGGCUUACUCGGCCAUUGGGAGGGCUGGGGCAGCAAAGGGCAAGGACACUGUCACCCAUGAUGUCCUGAGGCACGGAAGCAGGGGUUCAUAAGAGCAUUCCAGAAAACUACUCUGGAUCUCAACAAUGUCUACAAGACUCCCAUCAACUGUCGCAUGCUACAGUGGCAAAGUAAGUGAUAACUGACAGACAGUUUGUGGCAAUGACAAUAAUUAGAGAUCAGAUUUCCAUGAGUGGAUAUGCCCAGGAAGGAAAUUAUAAUUGAGAUGAGUACACUGAGGCUUUCAGGCCAGCCAAAAUCUGUAGAUUUUUUAAAGAGUGUACCUGCUAGAAAGAUACUCAAAAUGAGUGCUCAGAAAUGAAACCCAUGUUAUUGUUAUUCGUGUGGUGAGAAUAUUAGUCCACAUUCUCAGGUUUCCAAACCCAUAAGGUUUUCUACACAGAGAGGGGCUCUCUAGAAGUGAUAUUUUAUGGGCAUGGCUGUGUGUUCACCUUGCUGGCUCCAUUUCUUGGUCACGUAAAGACUUCAUUUCCCAGAAACCCUUGCAGUUGAGAGCUCGUCCAUGUGAUACAGUUCCAAGCAACAGAGUACGAGCAAAAGUGAUGUAAGCUACUUCCAGGCCUGACCCUUACAGACAUCUUGUGAUGUCCUCCAGGCAUCUUUCCUAGAAAUGUUUCCUAGAGGCUGUUCCAGGCUGGAUUGGUGGAAGGUGGCUAUCUGAUCUGUGUUAGACCUUUUUUUUUUUUUUUU